AUGGAUUUUGAUGUAUUCAGAGUCCCGCUGGAUUGCUGGAUUCAGAUUUUUUCCUUUCUUCAAGAUGACGACUUAAACAGAGCGUCCUGCGUUUGCAAGGUAUGGUGGGAAGCGGCAGCCACACCUUGGUUAUGGCGGAAGAUGUGUCUACAGCAAUGGAGCUUCUGCAACGUGGCCAGUCUCCUCAAUGACACGGACUGCCUCACAUGGAAAAAUUAUUAUAUGCGUCGCACCCAACUGGAGAGGAAGAUGAAGUCAGGCAGGCCUUGUGGAGACUACACCUGUAAAAGUCUUAGAGGUCAUACUGGUCGAGUUGUUGGCGUUGUUUAUGUGGCUGGAAACAACAGUUUCUCUGAGGUGUUGAACAGUACACCAGUGGUCUGCAGUGCAUCUACUGAUGGCACAGUAAGAGGGUGGGACAUACAAAAGGGUGUUCAGCUGUGGUCCACUCCUGCUGCAAACCCUUUGUGGAGCAUUGCUGCUUAUCCGCAGAAAUGUUUAGCCAUCACUGCUGACACUGCAGGGGACCUAAAAAUCUGGGAGGGUCUUACAGGCCAGCAGGUGGCGACAUUUCCCACAGCAUCUCAUCAGUGUGAACUCCUACCAUUCAGUUACAAUGGUGACUCUUUCCUGCUGAUUGGAACAAGCCAGGGCUCCCUGAUUGUCCUGACAAUUCCCUCACUGACAAAACUGUCCAGUCAAGUGAUCAUAGACACAUUCAAAGUCAACCUCCUGCUUUCAUCUACUGAUGAAAAGUGGAUCUUUGUUGCAUCCAAAGAAAACAUUGAUUUUAACCCAAAGGUUUUCUUCACUAAGAGUUUGUGUUGUGCAAAUGAAGAAGAGGGUACUCUUAGUGUGAGUCUGCCUGUGUCUUCUUGCUGUGCUGCAGCGUUUUUCCCCGGUCAGCCAGCCCGUGUCGCUGUGAUCCAUGGAGGCAACAAUUUAAACAGCAAGAUACUGUCAGUCUUCGAUAUCAGUAUGAAAAAAUCCAAAUACGAUGAACUCUUACCAAAUGCUCAGCCGGUUGAGUCUUUUGCACUAGGUCUGACUAGAUCGAAUUCAGAUCUUAUCCUCCACACCAAAGGAAACAGUACAAUUGUAGUAGCUGAUGCCAAUCAUCUAAAAGUUUACACCAUGAAGGGAGCCCUGAUCGCUACUUUCAAGGACCACACGCUGCCAAUCACGUCUCUCUGUAUGGACGGGUUUCGAGUCGUGACUGCCUCACAGGACCUGUCUUUAAGAGUCCUGACAUGGAGGAGGGAGAAGGACAAAGGACUCACUCUGGAGAGUCAGUAUCACUUACUAGGAGGCUCUCACACCAUGUCCAGAGGGUUCACACACGUGACAUGUGACUAUGCCAGCAUAGUGGCAUCAGUGGAAGCUGUGAAUGGCAAGGACGUUCUGAAGGCGUACACGUUCGACUCCUGA